GUUCCCUCUCCGACUGUUUGUGGUACGUUCCUGUGAGUCCGGCUCUGACAGCGCUGCCCAAGAAAGAGGGAGGGUAAACAUGGCGUCUGAGCAGGAGAGCUCAAAUGGGCCAGUGAAGAAGUCAAUGCGAGAGAAGGCCAUUGAGCGAAGGACCAUAAAUAAGGAACACAACAGUAACUUCAAAGCGGGAUAUGUUCCCAUAAAGGAGGAAAGGCUGCACAAGACAGGGCUGAGGGGUCGAAAGGGCAAUAUUGCAAUAUGCAUCAUUGUCCUGCUGUUCCUGCUUGCACUCAUUAACCUAAUUAUAACACUGGUGAUCUGGACAGUAAUACGGAUAGGCCCCAACGGCUGCGACAGCAUGGAGUUUCAUGAAAGCGGACUGCUGCGCUUCAAGCAAAAGGCUGAUAUGGGCGUGGUCCAUCCACUUCACAAGAGCACUGUGGGAGGGAGGAAGGACCAGGACCUUGUCAUCACAGGCAACAACAACCCAGUAGUGUUCCAGCAAGGCAACACCAAGCUAAGUGUUGAGAAGGACAAGACAUCCAUCACCAGUGACCUAGGAAUUUCAUUCACAGACCCACGUACACAAAACACCUUCUUCAGCACGGACUUUGACAACCACGAGUUCCAUCUGCCUAAACAGGUCAAGGUGCUCAAUGUGAAGAAAGCCUCCACAGAAAGGAUCACUAGCAAUGCAUCCAGUGAUCUGACAAUCAAAGGCGAUGGCAAGGCCAUCAUCCGUGGCAAUGAAGGCGUCUUCAUCAUGGGCAAGACUGUUGAAUUCAGGAUGGGUGGUGGUAUUGAACUGAAAGCGGAGAACAACAUCAUUCUAAAUGGUUCAGUCAUGUUCAGUGUUUCUCGCAUCCCUAACAACUCUUUCGAUAGUGAGCUGUACUUCAACGAGGGGCUUGAGAGGUACAAGUUGUGUAUGUGUGCAGACUGGACCCUAUUUAAAGUGAAGGUCAAAUAUCCAAACAUGGGCUGCGCAACCACGGACAACCCCUGUGGAUCAGUGCAAUGAGAGAAAUGGAAGUUUCUUGUAAAAUGCACAUUAACACACCAGCCAUCUUUUUGAGAAUUGCUAACAGAUUUGGAGAUGCAUAAGACAGUUCAGCAAAUAUUCAUCAAUUCUUCACAUAAAGAUUCAUCCAUAGCUGACAUUGCAUUAAAAAAUUAACAAACUGCUGUAUUUCAGUCUAUACCAUACAUACAAAUAAUAAUAUAUGCUUUUAUUGGCUUGGCCAUAGAGCCAUCUAUGAUUUAUCAAUACUUUCAGGCAUUUUUAUAGUUGCUAAUCAGUUCUCACUAAUGCACCUGAAGGUUUUAUAAAUAUUUCUGUUACAUAUUUUUACCAUUAUACCAGGAUUAUACUGACAUUUUCGAAGGAAGUGGCAUUAUAACCCUAUGGAAACCCUGUUACUCUAGUACCUCUUGGCCGUUAACUGGAAUUAACUCUUUUAUUUGAGGGAGGUGGGCUUGUUACUAAGGCACAUGAUAUGUGGCAAAACCGCUAUUGCUGACUGUGCCAUUGUUUCCUAUGGAUUGAGAUGGUGGCACUAACUUUGCUGCUGCGCUACUUUAAGCUACCACUUUAACGCACGGUGUUUACCGCUUGCCGCUGCACUCAAAGUUCACUCUGAUAGAACUCUUUUAUUUGUGCAGACAAAUAAGACAAAUUGUUUACAUUUAUAUGACAUAGAAAGAAGCGAAGCACACACAUGGAGGAGAGAAUCUGAUUCUCACUGUUUUACAAAACCCUGAACUGUUUCAUUCAACCUUAAAUCCAGCAUGAAAUUGUGAGAAAAAUAGAGCAUGGCGACAAACAUAUGCAGGCACCUAUCUAAAAUACUUCAGGUUUUAGCCACAUGCAUUGCUAUCAGCUAAAUAAAAUCACUUACAUAAAAUAAAUGAUGUGCAGUGUCCUGUUUUAUAAAGGCAUGUUUGAUGAGUUUCAAGUUUUAAGAGGAGAAAUCCUUGUAGACUACACAAAGCCUGACCUCUACCCUAUUAAACAUAUUUAGGAUGAAUUGGAAUGUUGCUAGUACCUGCCAUACAGACGCACUCCAAAACUCCAUGGAAAGCCUUCCCAGAAAAGUGGAGGCUGCAAACACUAGAGCCACUAUAUAGCAAUUUUCAUGGUAAAGAACAGGAUGUCAACCAAGCUGGUCAGGUGUUCACAUAUUUUUGGCUUUGUAGUGUAUGUUGGCAGCUGAUUAUGGGUCAGUUCUCCAAGAUUUGACUUAAACAAGUUCUCUUUUUCUUUUCACUAAACCAAAUAUUUGGUUUGUAAGGGCCUACUUCCCUCCUAUAAGGUCUUUUUGAGAUAACCCAUCAUGUCUGCCUUUCACCAGCUGCACUGCAACAGAUGCUAAGCUAUUUAACAGUGUUUUUUUAUUCUGUUGGUUUAUGUAUGCAUUAUAAAUAGUAUUAAUUCUACAUGCCCAAUUAAGUUUACAUCAGUGUUCCAUAAGAUUUUAAACACAUUUAACUUUAUGUGCUGGGCAUCAAUGUACUCCAUCAUACAAGAGAUUAUUUUUUGAGCUGAUGUUUAUGAUUGUGUGUUGUGUUUUAAAUAAUAUGCUUUGAUAAGAUUGAAGUUGAAGGUGUGGUAUUUUAGUCAUUUGACGCUUUGUGCAAUAUAACACAUUAAUGUGUUUGGGUCGCAGUGUUCAUAUGUAGUAUUUAUUUUCAUCAUGUUUUGGUUUUGAAUUUUACAAAUGUAAUAAUGUGUUCAAAUUAGGGCUGUCGAAGUUAACGCGAUAAUAACGCAUUAACGCGACCUCAAUUUAACGCGAUUACAAAAAAUAGUGCCGUUAACGCAAAUUCUAGUUCAUGUUGACACUUGACUGGUAGAACAAACAUUUUAAUGUCGGACUUGCCACCGUUUUUCAUUUGCGGUUUGUUAACAUAAUGUAACCGAUCGUCGUAGUGAUGUACUUGCUUAAUAAAGAAAUAAAUACACGCUAUAUUCACAAGUUGUCGGGAGCAGAACACUUUAUUACACUUAAUUAACUUCUUCUUCUGUACCGAAUACCGGAAAGCUGAGUCAAGCACGUUAGUUCAUGAACUAUGGAAGCCCCAAAGGGUCAAAACACACUCACUUCGUGUAGAAACGUCCAUCAAACCAUUGUCACGAUACAACCACAGAAAAGUCUGUUACAAUAACUACGCCUUAUCCCAUCUAAAGCACCGCUGAUCUACAGUGUUUGCUGAUGGAGAAAUUCUAACCUACAAUCUGACAUUUACUGCCUAGUAUGUGAGUGAAUAAAACUCCCUUACAGUUUUCUCUUGUCCCAGCAGUUUUUAACAUCAGUACAUUUAGCAUAAAAUGUGUUCACCAUUUUAAUUGUAACAUUUCACUUAAAAAUCCUUGUUUUCUAUAACAUUUACACAGAUUUUUUUUAAUGCAAUUAAUCGCGAUUAACUAUAUGAAAUUCUGAGAUUAAUCGCGAUUAAAAAUUUUAAUCGUUUGACAGCCCUAGUUCAAAUAUAUAUAAAAUGCAGGUAUGCUGCAAGAUGAAAUAAUCAGGUUUUUCAUUGAAGUGCAUUAAAAUGUUUGCAUUAAUAAAUGU